CGCCGCGGAAGCGGCGCUGCUGCUGCCGCUGCCGCCGUUCCUCCAUCGCCGGCACUGCGAGCUUGCAAGCCUGAGCCCCGGAGAGCUUUCUCCAGCGAACCUCGUCGACCAUGUGUUUGAACGAGCGGAGGCGGACGUUCGCUCACUUGUUGUGCUUUUGGUGCGCCGCUGAUAGUGACCGCUAGCAGCGCUGGCAGAUUGGCAAGUCGGCGAGAGGCGAUGAAAGGAUGCAGUCGCCUAGGCCGACAACUCGACGAGCCAUCGCGCCUGCACCGACAGCCACCAGCGCCGGACUGACCAGAAGCUUCGGCGCUCAGCUGCUGCUCGCUCUUCUGCUUGCGCCGCUCCUCCUCGAUCAGCGACGGGUGAGCUGCCUGAUGAGCAACUCGGUGGAGGACUGGGUGAGCGGCUCGGCGGUCGUCUGCAACGGCAUUCCCGGUCUGACGAAGGAGCAGAGGGAGCUGUGCCACCGCAGCCCCGACGUCACGGUCGCCGCGAUCAAGGGCAUCGAGAUGGCCAUUGCCGAGUGCCAGCACCAGUUCCAGUGGCACAGGUGGAACUGCUCGUCCCUCACGCCCAGCAGCGUCACCCAGCACAGCAGCGUCAUCCUGCAGAGAGGCUACAGAGAAACAGGUUUCGUGUACGCAAUCUCAUCGGCAGGGGUGGCUCACAGUGUGUCCCGUGCCUGCAGCAUGGGCAGGUUGAUCUCUUGCGGCUGCGAUCCGUCGAGUUACACCUCGAGGACCACGGGCCAAGUGGGCAAUGGCAAGUCGCCACCGUCAGCGCAAUUGGCAAGCAGAGACGGCGGCAGCGCCACCCAGUGGAAGUGGGGUGGCUGCUCUCACAACCUGGAGUUCGGCGUGGAGUUCUCCAAACAGUUCCUAGACGGCCGCGAGGUCGCCGGCGACAUCCAGUCCACUGUCAACCUGCACAACAAUCAGGCCGGACGCAAUGCGGUGAGCAACAACAUGCAGAUCCGCUGCAAGUGCCACGGCAUGUCGGGCUCGUGCGAGCUGAAGACGUGCUGGAAGGUGGUACCGGACUUCCGAAUCGUGGGCCGCACCCUGAAGAACCGCUUUCGCAACGCGGUGGCCGUGACGCAGAGCAACUUCGGCAACGUGACGCCGCUGAACCGAGUACGCGGCGCCUCGCGACGACGCGGUCACGGCCGCCAGGAGCGCAAGCAAGUCGCCCAACUUCUGCGAGCGCGAUCCACACACGGACAUCGCCGGCACCUCCGGGCGACGCUGCAACCGGCCGAGCGCCGGCGGCGACGGCUGCGCCUCGUUGUGCUGUGGCCGUGGCUACAAUGUCGUCAGGCAGAGGAGGCUGGAGCGCUGCGCGUGCAAGUUCCACUGGUGUUGCUUCGUGCAGUGCCAGAACUGCACCGUCGAGGAGUGGAUCACCGUGUGCAAGUGAACGACCGCGCGGCUCUUCGCUUUCCUCCCUCGAAACUGCUCUGUCCGUCCAUUUCCUCUGCUCUGCUACUCUGGUGCGAGUUUCGCCCACGGGAAUGGACACUCAGUGCGCCGUUUGUGUAUUUUAUAUACAUCAUAUUGAAAACGUCUUGUCUAUUCUCUCUAACCACUCUGUCGAUCCCCUUCCCUCCCUACGCGGAGGUUAUUUAUUGUGGCCGCGUUAGUCUUCUUCGCGGCCGAGUGUGCGCGCGCGCGAGCGAACGAACGAGUGAAUUACGAGUAAAAAAUAAACUCUUUAGUCGCCAAUUCAUCCCCCACAUGAAACGACACAGCGGAAAUGAACGCACACACUCACACCAAGUACGUACACAUACGUAGGCGCUGUAAGCGGGCUUGUAAUAUAUUUGUGUAACUGUUGAUUAACGACAUCUCUCUCUCUCUCUCUCUCUCUCUCUCUCUCUCUCUCUCUCUCUCUCCCUCCUCUUUGUCUGUAUUUUUUUACUAUUUUUAAUUUUUCCAUUCAAAGUGUAUAACGCCUCCACUGCAGUAUUACUAGUAAUGAACGCAGCGUGGGAAUCUCGAUAUUUGGUGGUUCGGCUGCGCAACGAAUCUGUAUUAUAAUGCGUACA